AUGAAACUCGCCGCUGCCUUCGCCCUCGCCACGUGCGCCCUCGCGCAAACCUGCACCGACCUAGUCCCAUCAACCUGGCAGGACAGAGACGGGAACAAUUGCUCGAACUACGUGGAUUUGCAGCUCUGCACCCCCUACGGGGGCUACGGCCCAGGGUGGAACUACGGAGACGCUGGCUUCGAAGCGGAAGGAUGGACCGUCGAGCAGGGUGAGCAGGGAGCAUCAGCAGUGUGCUGCGGAUGUGGUGCAGGCGUCUGCAAGGACCAGGACUGGGUGGACUCCAGAGGCUACAGCUGCUAUAUCUACGAGAAGGAGGGACUUUGCUCCAACGGCACGGCUACCAGUGACCUGUCCGCCUACGCCGUGGACAACGUCUCUGCUGUGGAUGCUUGCUGUUCUUGCGGAGGAGGUUGUCAGAGUAAUGAAUCUUGGCGCGACACGCUUGGCAAUAACUGCAGCUCCUAUUUCUGGUCUGGGUGGUGUUCUUGGACUGGUGGCCUGGGACCAGGAUGGAACAGCAGCUGGGGCUCCGUGGAGGACUAUGCAGUCAACGACAUCAGCGCUUGGGAUGCUUGCUGCGAGUGCCAGCGUUGUCCCCGUGAAGUGAUUUUGAUGGAUCAGUCAGAUCUAGACAGCUAUGCGGCCCUCGGCUGUCAACGCGCACACAGGCUCUAUUCCGGUGGAGCUGGAGACUUCAGCCAGCUAAAGCUUCGCACUGUCAACUACGUGGCCCUCGAGAGCAUCACGGCACAAAAUCUCACUGGAUUUGACAACACCGUGGUGGAACAGGGAUUCUCGGUGAUUGGCUCGGCAGCGACGCCUGUCUCUUUGCACGGCCUCUACAAGUUUUACAAGAACCUGACUUAUGUUGACAUUCGAGAUACGGGAAUCCGGGACUUGUCCGAGCUCCCGCCCGUCGAGACGGUUGGGAAAAUUAUCAUAACGACGAACGCAAACCUGGUCUCCAUUGCCGGAUUGCACACCGUCCGGGAGGUUGGAUGGAUUGAGGUUAGAGCAAACCCAUUACUCAAGUCGCUUCACGGCUUGGAGAGCCUCCGCACCGCCGAAGAUGAGAACAGUUGGGGCAGAUCCGUCUCCGUUACUGGCAACACUCAGCUCUGCAGCCUCGAUGCCCUCGGCGGACUCCGAGGAGACAUGCGACACAGCAUCAGAUUGGAAUUGACGACGGUGCCGAUGGCGAACUUGAGCCUACAAGGCUUGCUUGGGUUGACAACGAUCAUCUGCUCGUCGAACGCCUGCACGGAGUCGCUGCAGAUCUUUGCGACAAAUGCCGCUGACGAGAUCUCCGAAGUCCUCUGCCUCCCCGAAUCAGAUCGAUCACGUUUACAGGACAUGACACCACCAGGCAAUCCACUUCCCAAUGCCACCUUCAACGGCUGCACGAGCUGUGCUCGUGACUGCGGCUACCUCCCAGAUGGGUACCGGGUUGCUUGUGACUACUCCGUGGGACUAUGUGGAUGCCCGUUGGGAACUGGAGGACCGAACUGCUCGCUUCCAUCUCCAGAGGUUCGAAUCGUUCCUGGCCAAUCGAAGGAGUGCAUGCGGCCGCGGCUGGUGGAAGGGAAUACGAAGAUCUGCGAGGUCUGCAUCCAAGUGCAGGCGAACAACUACGACACGGCUCUCUUGGAUCCCCCUCGGAUGGCCCGCGUCGUACCCGCAGACGGAACCCAGGCCUUCGAAUGGCCGCAGCGAAUCAGCUGGCAAACUCCCACCGAAGGUCAGCUCUGUGUCGACAUGACGCUGCCUGCUUCCGACCCACCCACUGGCGUCGAGACGUUCGAGCUGAUGCUGACCUACUCCGACCGCACGCAGGACUUCUUCUUACCUGGGAGCCUGCGCGAGCCGUUGCAGUAUUAUUCCGUCGGGCCCAUGUAUCCCUGGUGUUUGGACUCGGGGGACUGCUUCCGCACAGGCAACGACACCACCUCCUUUGUGCUCACGGUUACCGAGCCGCCCACGGGGAGCGCAGAAUUUCAGACCCAGGAGAUUCAGGUCACCGAGGGUGCUGCAGAUGUGGCUGUCGUCGUCUUCAGGUUCGGCGGAGACUAUGGCACGCUGACGUCGAUCAUAGGGGUGGACGAGAACAGCUCCACAGCGGUCCCGGGGCUUCAGUACACGUGGACAGACGAGAUCAUCUCGUGGCCUCAUGGCGACACUACGCCGAAGGCGUUUACGAUGAGCUUCCCGGACGACGACGUCUACCAGCCGCCUCGGAAUCUCACACUGACCUUCAUGACGCAAGAUUCGGUUCGCAUGGUCAGCACUACUCUGGUGAUCAACGACGACGGCGAUGCGGGCAUGCUUGGUUUCAGUAGCCAACGCUAUGAAACCCUGGAGGGUUCUGCUGGCAGUGGCUGCCUCCUCUAUGCUCGGCGAGAGGGAGGGAGCAGUGGCCGUGCCGAAGCGAAGGUCGAAGUUGUUCCCUGCGAUAGCGGCGAGGCCUCUGCAACGGAGAACGACGACUACAUCUUGGCAGCCGGAUCGUUGACCUGGGAGGACGAGGUCACCGGCGAGCAGUGCGCCGUCACUUUAAGCGACAUUGCCCAGGCCUCCAGUGGCACUGUCGCUGGGCCGGCUCGGCUGGUGCUCUUUCAGGACUCAGAGACGGAGGGAGACGAAUCGAUCUGCUUUGGGCUCACACAGCUGCCGGGCAGCGUGUCAGAGGUAACAGCCGCAGAUCGUUCCACCUUCUCAUCCCGGUCGGCUUUAGUCCUGCAGGACGAGGGGGCUUCUGGCGGUCCUCCGCAGGACAAUUGCGUACGUGGGCGACCUUGCACAGUGGACUUGUCACAGAGCGACUUAGUUCGCUUUGUUGCGGACCGCGUAUGGUCUGGACGGCGCUUGUCCUCGGGUGGCGAAGUCACCGUGGCGUUGGCCUUGCGGUCGUGUGCGACGUGUGCCGCGCCGACAGCCGCAACAGCCCCGAUGUUGUUGAGCCGAAACUACACGGCGCAGUGGCCAGAGGUGAAUGUGGAUCCGGGCACAUACCUCAUGUGCCUUUGUCCAUGCUCCACUGGCGCCUGCUUCGGCCGCCCCGUCGCGUCGCUGACCUUGGACGGCAUGCGGGGCGGGCAGCAAGCGACCUGUUUCCUGGGUCAGCCUUGCCAGCUGGCAAACGUGCAAGGUGUGGGUCUCGGGGCCGGCGAUGCGCUCACAGCUGCGGAGUCUUGCGGUGAAACGGAGCUCCUCAGUGGUCUGCCUGGCUCCCGUGUGGCCACCGACACCACGAACAGCGGAAUCUACGCCUUUGACAGCGCGGGGCUGCUGUCGAGCUCGUCGGGUGUUUUCAGCCUUUGCUGGUGCCGCGGGGGCGCGACGGCGUGCACCGACAAGGAGGACUUCCAGCAACAGGUGGGCCUGUUCAAGGCUUCCGGCCCUCAACAGGGAAGUCGCGUUCAGUGCAUGCUGAACUCCACCUGUGUCCUGCCUGGGCUGACAGGAACGGGCUUGCAAAGCGGCGACAAGCUCAUGGCCCUGGAGAGCUGUGGAAGUGCCGCGAGCGUCGAAUGGGGAGCCGAGUUCCCAGUGGCUACUACUUUGGAUGGUGCCAACUAUAGCUUCGGUCACCUUUCCGUCUCUUCGGGGAGCGUUCUCCGAGAGCUGGAUCUUUGCUGGUGCCCAGCGGGGGCUCAGUGCCAGUCUCCACCGGAUUUCCGAGUUCUUGCGGGCAAGCUUCAGCUUCUGUGCCCUCGCGGGUUUUUCUGGCCUACGGACGAAGGAGUGCCGGAACGAGAGGGCAGGUGCCAGGCCUGCAUGAGCUACCAGACGACCAUCCAAGUGGGUGCCAUUGGAGACGCCGCCUGCGUCUGCCAGACAGCCCUGGCCUUCCAGGAGGUCACGGACGGCAACUGCGGAUGCCGGGACGGCUACCACUGGAGUGAAGCGACCCAAAGUUGCGAGCGGUGCAAUUCAGGCCAGUCCUGUCAGUGGGAGAACCUCUUCCAGUUCAGCCUUGGUUUGCCGCCACUGGUGCCGGGGUUCUGGUCCACUCCGGAAGGAUCGGUCUAUCGCUGUUUCAGCGAUAGGACGUGCCCAAACACGAACAGCGUCUGUGCCUACGGCCGUGCGGGGAAAGCUUGCAGCCUUUGCGCGCCGGGCUACGUCGGAGGUCACGACGGCGAGUGCACCCCCUACUCCGAGUCCUGUGCUCACUCGAACUCGGAUGCUAAUCUCGCAGCCUUCAUUCCAUUGGCCGCCUUCGUAGCGCUGACGGCUGCGGGUUGCUGCCUCAUUGCGGUGGCCAUGCGCGGACGGAGUGCGAACAAGCAGACCUACAUGUCUUCAACGUACCUGUCAGCCUGGAAGACAUCGCUGGCCCAGAACUUCCAGUACCUUCAGCUCCUCUCGAUCGUCUCUCUGUUUGAAGUUCGUUGGCCGACAGUCCUGGCCGAGAUUUGGAGGUUGAUCCGAUCCAUCACCAUGGACCUGGUGACCCUCCCGAGCCUGGGAUGCCUCAUGGAAGUGCCUUCCGCCUUCGGCGAGAUGAUGGUGAGAUUUCUGGUGCCCGUCGUGCUCGCCGGCCUGACUUUCGUCGCGUGGGGCCUCCUUCUCCUCCUUCGCAAGUCUCUGCGUUUCGCACCUGGGAAGUUUGCCGAGUCCCUGCAAGAGUUGAUCACUGUCUCCGGCGCUCAGGUGCUCGAGCUGCUGAUGCUUGUAGGCACCCUCUUCUUCAGCGUCCUAGUCCGGAACGGCUUUAUUCUCUUCACUUGUGCUCGUGGUCCGAACCAAGUUUCAACAGUGGUGAUCUAUCCGCACAUCGACUGCCCAAGCAUCUUUGCCUUGGGUGACCUGGAGCUCUGGUUCGAGUUGAUGCCGUACGCCUUGGCUUACAAUGUGGUAUUUAGCUUCGGCUUGAUCUUUGGCGUGUGGUAUGCGGCGAGGAAGACUGUGCAGUUUCUGGUCCAAAACGACUUCGCCGAGCGCGGAUCCUGGGCGUUCCUGUCCUGGGAGUUCCGCGACACCUACACGUGGUGGUUGCUCGUUAAGAUGAGCCGCGACUUGCUGAUCAACGUUUUGGCAGCCGCCUUCACCAACCUGGGCUCGGUGCAGUUGUUGAGCACUGCUGUUGUCUCCAUGGUCUACGCCUACUGGUGCGAGCAUUCUCAUCCUUUCCAGGAUCCUUUGAACAACAUGCUGGAGUCGUGGUGCUCCAUCAGUUUGGGUGUCAUCUGCUUCUUUGCUGCCGGCAUGGGCUUUGCUUUCGACUCGGACAACGACUACUCUCGCGCGUACCUUGAAGAGGGAGGUCCCGAGACAGACACCACCUACCGGGACCAGAUCUUGCUGUUCUUCCAGCUGGUGUCCUUCGGCGGCGCCGUCCUCAUUUUGGUCGUGCAGCUGCUGCUGUUGAUAUUCCCAGGUUUGCGCCACCGCGCUCCCCGGCGAUUUCGGCGCAGCACUAAAGAGGAGCUCGAAGAGUCCAUCAACCAACUCCGGGGAGCCUUCGAGGCUGCAGACGUUAAGCAGCUCGAUGACAUUGAGGUGACCCGGAACCUGAAAAUUCUGCAUGAAAGCCCGGCCACUUUGGGCACGGAUUCGAAUAGCAUCUCCGAAAUCCGACGUGGAAGGUCCGGCAUCUCAGUCAUGCCGGGGAGGCGGUACAUGGCCAAGGUCAGCAAGCAGAACUCCGUGCGAAGCCUCAAGUCGAGCUCAACUUCGUCAUUGAGGACGAAGAAGACUGGCUUGGAUGAAGAGGCAAAGAGCAAAGAGAACUUGAACCGACAACCCAGUGCCGACAUGUCCUCGGCGACGCCGCAGAGCCCUGGAGAAGAAUCGCUAGCAUCUCCGGUCAUGUCGCCGUUGCGAUCAGAUGACUCGCAGAUGGCGCUCACAAAUGAUCGCAACUACAACGACAUGGGAUCACCGAUCAUGUCACCUGUGGGGCCUCUUCGAUCAGAGGGGACGUACGAAGGCCACCUCAUCACCGAGCCGGAUGGCACGCAGAGCGUCGAAGUUGAUGAGGAGGGAUACACCAGCCACGUAUUUUAA